AUGGCAGAAAAAUGGAGCCACCCACUAUUCAAAACCAAGCUCCAGGGCCCAAUGGACGACACGGGCACACAGCAGCACACGAUAGCAGAGAGGAUUGAGUUCGUUGUGGCGGUGGAGAAGCAUAAUUGGAGACCCGAAGAUGCUGCAAAAGUAUUCGGCAUUCCCCGAACUACGCUGUUGGGCUACGUAGAUGCCAAAGAUGAUCUGUUUUCUACCGAGGCUGAUCCAUGGACAAGACGGGUAACGCGCCCUGGAUUGCCCCCGCCGACGGAAGGAUCUGAAGCUCCCGUGGUUGCUUUAGUGAGGCAAGGAGCUGUCGACGAGUGUGCUCGUGUCAUCCCUGGUAUGAGCAAUAAGUCGGGUAGCGCUCAAAAAUCAUGGCUCACCCGUUUUAUCGGUCGAAACAAGCUGGCCGAUCAUGUUGCGCGAUACCCCAAAAAGUCCAAGACAUCAAGAUCUGAUCAGGAUGCCAAAGCAGCUAAACGGCACAAACCGUGGCAAGUUCACGUCUUGGACGCGUCCUGCACCGACUGCUGA